UCUUCCCCGCACGGCCGGGACAGCGACGCCGAGGCUCCCGGCUCGCAGCCGCCCCGCCAUGGCUCUCAGCUCCGAGCGGCUCUUCGACUCGCUGGGACAUUUCGGCAGAUUUCAAGCAUGUGUUUAUUUUGCAUCUGUCUUUCAAGCUAUGUCAUGUGGUAUCCAUUACUUAGCAUCUGUGUUCAUGGCUGUUACUCCUAACUUUGUAUGUGGGUUCCCUGGAAAUGUGAGCAGUGUUCUUUUCCACAACUCCUCUGCAUCAAGUAUAGAGGACAUCUGGACUCUAUGGACAUCAACAGAAAACUACAUUGUAGUCCAGCUGGAAAAUGGAGAAAUUUGGGAACUUGAUCAAUGCAGCAGGUCCAAACGAGAAGUCAGUUUGGAUCUGACAUAUGAAUACAAAGGCAACAAGUCUGUAUUUCCUUGUUCUGAUGGAUUUCUCUAUGACGAUACAAAGUGGAAGAGCACUGUUGUUACACAGUGGGAUCUUGUCUGUGACCGAGAAUGGCUUGCAAAAUUAAUCCAGCCUAUGUUCAUGCUUGGAGUCUUGAUUGGAGCAGUGAUUUUUGGUGACAUUGCUGACAGACUGGGAAGACAGCGUGUUAUAUGGUUCACAAGUGCUGGUCAGUUUGUGUUUGGCAUCGCGGUGGCCUUCACCUUUCACUACUACAGUUUUGUCAUUGUGCGCUUUCUCCUCGCUAUGGUUUCAAGUGGCUAUCUGGUUGUGGCUUUUGUUUAUGUGACUGAAUUUGUUGGCAUUAAAGCACGAACCUGGGCUUCUAUGCAUGUCCAUGCUUUUUUUGCUAUGGGAAUUAUGAUUGUGGCACUCGUGGGAUUUUUGGUUCGGACCUGGUGGGUCUAUCAGAUAUUUCUAUCCAUAGCAACUCUUCCCUUUGUCUUGUGCUGCUGGAUGCUCCCAGAAACACCUUUUUGGCUGCUGUCAGAGGAAAGAUAUGAAGAUGCACAAAAAGUGAUUGAUACAAUGGCAAGAUGGAAUAAAGUCAGCACUCCCUGCAAAGUUUCUGAACUGUGCUCAGUCCAACGAGAUGAUCUAGCCAGUGACAGAACAGGUGAUGAUGAGACAUCCUCAGCAAAGAAGCACAACAUCUUAGACCUGUUUUGUAACUGGCAAAUUGCAAGAAGGACCAUCACAGUCUGGCUGAUCUGGUUCACUGGGAGCUUGGGGUACUACGUCUUCUCCCUCAGUUCUGUCAGUCUAGGAGGCAAUGAAUAUUUAAAUCUCUUUCUCAUAGGUGCUGUGGAGUUGCCUUGCUAUAUCAUUGCUUGUGUUGCGAUGGACAGACUGGGAAGGAGAAACACACUCAUUCCGUUCCUUCUUUUAAGUGCACUGAUCUGUGUUUUAAUUAUGUUCAUACCUCAGGAUUUCAGUACAUUAAUUAUCUUAGCAAAUAUGGCUGGAAAAUUUUCCAUAGGUGUGGCAUUUGGUCUUAUAUAUCUCUACACAGCAGAACUGUACCCAACAAUAGUAAGAUCACUUGCUGUUGGAAGUGGAAGCAUGAUGUGCCGUGUAGGAAGUGUGGUUGCUCCUUUCUGUGUAUAUCUGAGAAGUGUCUGGAUUUUCAUGCCACUUUUGCUUGUUGGAAUCAUGGCUCUUCUGAGUGGAAUCUUAACCAUAAUGCUUCCAGAAACACUGGGAAAACCAUUGACUAAUACUUUGGUGGAAGCUACAGAAAUGGGAAGAAACAAGAAAAGUUGUUCAGAAAAGACUCCUCCAGCACAUAGUGGUACAGCAUUAGAAAAGAUAGAGAUGUUUGGUCAAGAAAGAGUCAGAACUGACAAAUAAAGCAGCAGCAAAAUGGCUGUUCCCAAUUUUAAUCACUAUCUAAUUUAUAUGAUCUCUGUAUUCAAGAAACGUGACUGUUCUAUAACAUCUGUGCCUUUUACUUUGUAUUCUGUCUUGCCUUUUCAGUACAGCAAUUGUAUGAAAUCUUUUCAAAGUGACUGAGUUACUGCAGAAAAUUGAUAGGAUUUCUAGAUCCCUUAUCAAACUUAACCAGACUUUAAAUUGACUUGCUGUGACCAGCUGGAAUGAUUACUGUAAAUGUUAGAAGCUACUUGAUUACAUGUAUGUCAAAAAAAUAUGCCAAUUCUUUGCUUCACAUUUUCUGCAGUUAGAUUUGUAAACCUACAACAAAGUGCCCUGCCUGGUCUCUUCCUGUUGCAGCUGCCAGUUACAGGCUUGAGACUUCAGAACACAGUAAACUGUUACAAUUCAAGAGAGAAGCCUUAUCAUUGCA